AGUCCUUUUACUGUUGCUUGCAAGACGCUGCUGUCUGAGUGUUCUAGUUAGAUUAGGGUUCGACUAGGAAUAACGAGGAACACAACAAACUCACAUAACACCUCACAGAAAUAAUUAUCGACAUGAUAAUCUUUAUUUUUCUUUCAGACACCAUUCAUGUAAUUUCGCAGCUGUUAUGAUUCGACACAUGUUUUGAUAGCUUACGAAGCACAUAGACCGUCAGCACAAAGUUAGCUAGCAAUAGACUCAGCAAUAACCUGAAAACAUGACACCAAUUCCUGUCCUACCCAUUAUAAUUAAUGGGUGCAUGUCUGCCUUUGGGGGCUUGGCCACGUUAAAGCUAAUUCCAGCGUUCAAAGACCACUUCAUCUCAGCCAGACUGUGUGGGAUCGAUCUGAACAAAACGAAUAAGAAGGAAGUUCCGGAGUCUCAGGGUGUCAUCAGCGGGACCGUGUUCCUCAUCAUCCUCUUCUGUUUUAUCCCGGUGCCUUUUCUCAGCUGCUUCGUUGGAGAGAAGUGCAAUGGCUUCCCACACAAUGAGUUUGUUCAGUUGAUUGGUGCUCUGCUGGCUAUCUGUUGUAUGAUCUUCCUUGGGUUUGCUGAUGACGUGUUGAACCUGCGCUGGAGACAUAAGCUCCUUCUGCCCACCAUGGCCUCCCUGCCGCUGCUCAUGGUUUACUUCACCAACUUCGGGAACACCGUCAUCGUGGUUCCCAAACCCUUCAGGGUUUUACUAGGGAUGCAUUUGGAUCUGGGUAUCCUAUACUAUGUUUACAUGGGCAUGCUGGCAGUGUUCUGUACUAAUGCCAUCAACAUCCUGGCGGGCAUCAAUGGCAUUGAGUCAGGACAGGCACUCUUCAUAUCUGGCUCCAUCAUCAUCUUCAACCUGCUUGAGCUCAAUGGAGACUACAGAGAUGACCAUGUUUUCUCCCUAUACUUCAUGCUCCCAUUCUUCUUCACAACUUUGGCACUUUUCUACCACAACUGGUACCCUUCAUCUGUGUUUGUUGGAGACACCUUUUGCUACUUUGCGGGCAUGACCUUUGCAGUGGUUGGGAUCCUGGGGCACUUUAGCAAGACAAUGCUGCUCUUCUUCAUUCCUCAAGUGGUCAACUUUGUCUACUCGCUGCCCCAGCUGUUCCAUGUUAUACCCUGUCCCAGACACCGCCUCCCCAGACUGAACCCAGCAACAGGAAAACUAGGAAUGAGUUGGUCUAAAUUUAAAAGAAAGGACCUCUCCAAAUUGGGAAAUCUAAUUUUACAGGUGGCAGUGAGGCUGCAGGUGCUGGAGGUGCAGCAUGGUCAGGAAGGCCAUGAUGAGUUUGUUCAGUGUAACAAUAUGACCUUAAUAAACCUGGUGCUGAAGGUACUGGGACCCACACAUGAGAGGAAUCUCACCGCCAUCAUGCUGCUAAUACAGGUGCUGGGGAGUGCAUUGGCUUUUGGGAUUCGGUAUCACCUUGUUCGCCUCUUCUACGAUGUCUAGA